GCAGCAAUAGCGACAAAGUCGGUAAUUCAGUCAGCGUUGCAUUGCGUGUCGUGUCGGUAGUGCGCGGGAAUAUGUCGGCCACGGUACAAACUAGUUUGAAGGAGAAAAUCUGCAACUCCAUAGAGAUACCAAUACUGACGAGAUGCUGCUUUUGUUUUCCGCUGAGAAAGGGCCUCGUGGUCUUCGCUUAUGCGAACCUUAUCCUAACAGUGGUGGUGACGAGCCUUCUGUCGAUGUACAUCUCGUAUAUACGGAACAACGGCGUUACAGACGCGACUGAGCUGCCCCGACUGAUCGCGGAUACCACCGCACUGGUCCUCGAGAUCGGAAUGUCUGUUAUAUUCAUCAUCGCCUUGCAUAUGAAACAUGUUCUCCUGAUGAAGGUAUACCUUUACUUCGAGACGGUCUUCUCCGUCAUCGGGUUCGUGUACAGCGUCGCCUUCCUCACCAGGGAAACUUCAGGGGAGCUCUUCCUCAUACUCUUCCAAUUAAUGUUACAAAUAUACCUGGUCAUAUUGAUUUGGAGUUCGAUCGUGAAGAUGGAAAGAGACGGCACAGUGAAGUACACGAGAGACAGAGAUCCAGCAUAAAUAAUAGAUUAAGUAUUAGAAUAAGUUAUUUUUGUACAAAUGUAAUAAGAAGAUAUACAAAAUAAAGUAAUGGCAUACAUAAUGCCAUUAAAAAUAUAGCAAUAAAAUAAUUGGAUAGAUUAGGCAAGCCAAAAUUUGUAUAGACAAUAAUAUUUGUCCCGAUGGGCGUAAGUCAAAUUAUAACGGCACACUAGCGUCCUCCUUUUAAUGUCCAAAAAGAGUCAGAAGGGCCUUUUAUUACUAUAUCUAUUACGUCAUGUUCUAAUUUCAAAUCUAAUUUCAAAUAAUACUUAAGAGCGGGACUAAACUGUUACUAAUGUUGUGCUAUUGUCGAUUGUUUCGCAGCCAAUUCAACCUUUUUUUGCACAACUAAAAUUCAAGUGUGCGCACAUCCAUAUAACCUCAUAGGAAUUAAAACAAAACUAAACAGUUGUACGAUACUUUAGUUUUAGGUGUACGCGCGCUGUAAACCUAUUUUUUUGUGACUGAAUGGCCACUGUUUGCGUUAAAGAGGCAUUUACAGAUUCACCGGGCUUGAGGUGGCCGAGCGCAUGCUUAGCCUAAACCUCGUUUAUGAGUCUAAGCUCUAGGGCUCCCUCAGGAGCCUCGGCAUGAGCCGUUACUUCGUUAUUAUUACCGGAUUAGGAGGCCACCGAACUCUUAGAUCGCCUCGGUGGACGCUCUAAGUAAUUAAAACAAGACUAAACAGUUGUACAAUAGUUUAGUUUUAGGUGUGAGUGCGCUGUAAACCUAGCUACAAAUAUUCAGUUCUGCAUACUUAAGUUCUGUUCAGUGUCUCUGCAAUUAAAACUGAAUGUUGCGUUGAUUACGUAAACAGAGGAACAAUGCGCAUUUAUUUAUUUAUUUAUACAAAACACAAUAUUACAGUUCACUUGUAAUUUUACAAAUACAUUUGACAUAAAGGUUGAUCCCUGUAUUAAAGGAGCCAAUGACUUCCCUUACUUCGUUUAAUAUUAACUAUUACAAAAUUCAAAAUAAAUACAGUACAUUUUUUUGUUAUUUCGUGAAAAUUGUGUGUUAAAUCAUAUAAAAAAUUAUGUAAAAUGAACGUUCAGUUCUUUAUUUUUUAAAUUAUAGAGUUACCUUUUAAGAUAUGACAUAAAAAUUAUUUUAUAUUUAAAAAGAUAUAUAUUUUAAGAAAUUAAUUAAGUGUAAAUAUUUUAGUUAUUUAAGUGUUUA